GGCGCUGUCAAGGGCGAAGCCGCGGAGGUGGAGCGCUGCCUGGCGUGCAGGAGCAGAGACCUGGAAGCUGGGGACAGGCAGCACAGGCAGUGGGGUGGGGGCUCAGCCCAGGGUGGGAGGGGGUCCCCAGGCCCGGCUUCCCCGCAGCCCCUGGGAUGGGGCCUCGGAGGGCACCCUCAGAGGGGUGGUGCCAAACGGAGCCUCAGCCGCUCUUCAUCCCUCAUAAUUCCCCAGCUGGAGCGCUUGGUGGAGAAUGUGAGUGAUUUAACUCACAAAGCUAAGCAUACACAGUGUUAUUUUUAACCUACACGUUUAAAACAUGAUGUUAUAUACAUUAUAGGAGGUGCCUAAUGAGAGAACUCAUUCCUCUAUCAAAAAAUACCGUGAGUCGGCCGGGCGCGGUGGCUCAGGCCUGUAAUCCCAGCACUUUGGGAGGCCGAGGCGGGCGGAUCACGAGGUCAAGAGAUCGAGACCAUCCUGGCUAACACGGUGAAACCCCGUCUCUACUAAAAAUAAAAAAAAAUAAAAAUAAAAAUAAAAAAAUUAGCCGAGCGUGGUGGUGGGCUCCUGUAGUCCCAGCUACUCGGGAGGCUGAGGCAGGAGCAUGGCGUGAACCCGGGAGGCGCAGUUUGCAGUGAGCCAAGAUCGCGCCAUUGCACUCCAGCCUUGGCGACAGAGUGAGACUCCGUCUCCAAAAAAAGAAAAGAAAAAAAAAGAAACCGUGAGUCAUUUUCAGUAGCGAAAAGCUCUCACCUAAAACUGUCCGUUUUACAUCCGUAUCCGCCUGUGUAGAUCGGUUCUUUACUGAAGGUUCUUAGAAGGAAACUUUGGAAGCGGGAGGUGGGUUCUGUGUUCCUGAAUGGGAAGACACAUUUUUCUCAAAAUGUGAGCUCUUUCUGUGAUUAUCAAUUUUACAUAAGCCGAAUGAAAAAAUCAAGGUUUUAACAUUUUUGCGUGACACCUACUGUCUUUUACUAUUGUAAUGACAUUUGUAAAAAUUUUAGGGCUGGGCGCGGUGGCUCAGGCCUGUAAUCCCAGCAUUUUGGGAGGCCGAGGUGGGCGGAUCACGAGGUCAGGAGAUUGAGACCAUCCUGGCAAACACGGUGAAACCCUGUCUGUACUAAAAAUACAAAAAAAAAAAAAAAAAAUAGCCGGGCGUGGUGGUGGGCGCCUAUAGUCCCAGCUACUCCGGAGGCUGAGGCAGGAGAAUGCUGUGAACCCGGGAGGGGCAGCUUGCAGUGAGCCGCGAUCCAAAGGUGCUGGGAUUACAGGUGUGAGCCACCGCACCCGGCCUGAAAAGUGCAUCUUCAUUUUACAGGGAAUUCUUUCAAAUCAAAUAAUCAAAAACUCUAAAAGGGGGCAAAGUACUUCUUUGCAGAUCUACAAGUUUCUUAUGUACAUAGGAAAACAAGCCUUUGCGUUUCUGGUAUAAGAAUUUAAAUUAAAAGAGGAAUGAAACUGUUUUCUAUCCACAAUGUGUGAGGAUGUUUUUUAUACUGCUACCUGAAGUUUAAGUUGCUGAUUACUUUUUAAAUAGAUAAUUUGGUGGUAAGUCCUAUAUUUUAAAAAUGCGUAUGCCCAUUACCCUUCAAUUCCAUUAUACUAAAAUACCCUUGGGAAAUAGAGAUACAUGCACUUUGUUUUUCACAGCACUUAUUUUAAAAAGAACCCAUAGAAUGGAUCUUAUAAGUAAAUUUCAGUUGCAUCCAUAGGACGGAAUAAUAUGUGACCAUCGAAGGUGACAAUAGAUAUAGAAGUACGUUGAUGUGCAAAGAUGUAUUUUGUUUUAGCCAGCGAGGAAAGAAGAAUCAGUUUGAUUAUACAUUUACCAAACAUUAAGAAUUUAAUAUGGUAGCUUUUAUUUCAGUAUUAAAAUAGCAAUUUUAUUUAUUACUUUUUUAUAUACAGAAUUCGACACCAAAUUUUGGAACUUAAAAAGAAGAUUCUUAAAACUUACAAUCCAGUGUGUUCUGUCGAGGAUGAAAUAGUGUAUCCUAGGAUGCCAGGGGAAUCCACCGUCUGCUACCGCGAGCAUAAGGAGCGAAUCCUCCAUCACUGGCAUCACGGCCGUGUAUACCCUAGAGUUGCAUCAAUGGAAGAUUACGAUGAGGACCUGGUGCAGGAAGCUUCAUCUGAAGAUGUCCUGGGCGUUCAUAUGGUGGACAAAGACACAGAGAGAGACAUUGAGAUGAAACGGCGACUAUGGGAGCUCUACCUAUACAGCAUAAGGAAGAAGUACCCAGCGACGAUGAAGACAUCCUUGGGAGUUCCACAACGUGGUGACCUGGAAGACCUGGAGGAGCAUGUGCCAGAGCAGACAGUCUCUGAGGAAGCCACAGGGGUUCACAUGAUGCAGGUGGACCCAGCCACACCGGCAAAGAAAUUGGAAGACUCCACCAUUACAGGCAGCCACCAGCAGAUGUCAGCAAGUCCUUCCUCUGCACCUGCAGAAGAAGCAACAGAAAAGACCAAAGUGGAAGAGAAAGUGAAAACCAGAAAGCCCAAGAAGAAAACCAGGAAGCCCAGCAAGAAAAGCCGGUGGAAUGUCCUGAAAUGUUGGGACAUUUUUAAUAUAUUUUAGAGACCUCUGAAGAUUCCUCGAACACCAGGAAGGGCCCCGAUGUGGGGAUGUCAACAUGGCUCAGACUUGAUGUGGAUCGCGAUCAUUUCGGGAAAUGUGUUACUCCAAAAACUUUUAUAAUCUUUCCUUAAUUUGUUUUUAAAUACUUU